GGAUAUAAGGGGCUUCUAUGCAGCAUUCUCUUUCUAUUCAUAUAUUUUUUUUCAGCUCACUCACGCACUCUAUCUUUAUAUCUCUAUUCUAUGGAGUCUGCUUUUUUCUUAAUGAUGUACUUUCUUGUUACUAAUUCGAUUCUAUUUUCUAUGUCCAUGAUACCUGCUUCUGCAUUCAUCACGUUAACUGGCGUUGUUAUAUUAUAGCGCAUGGCUAUUCUGCAUUUUAUAUUUUUUCUGUUUUUUGCUUAAUGGUUUCCUGUUGGAAAGUAUAUGUUAAUUCCGUAUUCUAUUACCGAUUUUAUCAAUGAUUUGUAUAGUAUUAGCAUGGUUUCCAGGAUCCGCUCCUUUAUUUAUAUGUAUAUCCCAUUUGAUGAUCUGAUAGUGACAGUAGUAUUUAUACGUACACGUCAUAACUUUCGCACACGGCCGACACGAGUUGUCGAAGUACGAAUGGAACUAUUUAUUAUUAAGUAUGGAAACUCUAUAUCAUCAAACAAACAAACUGGUCCAAGAAACACAACAUCUUUUCUCACAGCUUGAGAAAAAAACGCCUAACCUGGAUGUAAAAGAAAUAGAAAACAACAUAGAAUCAAAAAUAAACCUCAUCAACAGUAAUUGCGAGAAAUUAGAUGUAUUAUGCCGUAAAGGCCCUAUAUCUCAAAGACAGAAUGCUAAAAUGCGCGUGGAUCAACUGAAAUAUGACAGCCGUCAUCUCACAGCUGCUUUAAAUUCAUGGCGCAACAAAAUGAUUAGAAAACAAAGAGAAGAAGCUGAAAGGGAAGCAUUGCUGUCUAGGACAUUUACCACAAAUGAUCAUGUUGAUAUUAUGAUAGAUCAUAAUGUACAACACAAUCAUAGUUUAAGAAAUGCAGUUAGUGGUAUGGAUGAUCUCCUUCAAAGUGGUAGUAGUAUUUUGGAUAGUUUGAGAUCACAAAGAAUAACUUUAAAAGGGGCUCAUAGGAAAUUAAUAGACAUUGGGAAUACAUUAGGACUUUCACAAACCACAAUGAGACUAAUAGAGCAGAGAGCAAGACAGGAUGGAUUUAUCCUAGUUGGUGGAAUGUUGUUCACAUGCUUUGUUAUAGUUCUAGUUAUAAUUUAUCUUACAUAGAAAAUAUUACCUUCUACUUUUUAAGUACAUAGGAUGAUGCAAUUAACACUAUUAAUUAUUGAAGUAUUUUAAAUAGGAAAUUGUUUUUGGCAUUGUAUAAAGAAAUUUGGUAUGUUUUUACUACUAUACGUGAUAUAUAAUAUAUUUGAAUUAAUAAUGUUGAAUGCUUCAUCCUUCACAUAUUAAGUUGAAUGUUGCAUUGUGAACCUGAAAUUUGUAAUUGUUACUUAUUAAAUAUUAAUACACAUGUAUUUGUAUGUGUGUACACAAUAAAAUAAGAAUGGCAGAGCUAUAUGUUAACAGUAUAAA